UCAGCCUUCCCCUCUGACCUGCUACCCCGGGCAUUGUUUUCUGUUCUCCCAGGGUUGUAGGUGGCAGGCGAAAAACGCCUAGAUUCUGGCUGCUCUCCAGGCCCGUGACCUUCGGCUCUGGGGCCACUGGGCAGCCGCGCCUUUUGGACGGGAGGAGAGGAAGCAGAGGACUCCUGGUUCCCUUGGCUGCUCGUCUCCUCCUGUGGUUCUGCCAUGGGCUCACGAAGCUCUCAUAUUGCUCUCAUUCCCGACGUGGAGCACAUUCGCAGAGAGACGGGCUUCUCGCAAGCCAGCCUGCUCCGCCUCUACCACCGGUUCCAAGCCCUGGACAGGGAUGAAAAGGGCUUCCUGAGCCGCCUAGACCUCCAGCAGAUCGGAGCUCUGGCUGUGAACCCCCUGGGUGACCGCAUUAUAGACAGCUUCUUCCCCAACGGGAGUCAGAGAUUGUAUUUCGCAGGCUUUGCCAGGGUCCUGGCUUAUUUUCGACCUAUAGAUGAAGAAGAUGCCACACUCCGAGACCCCAAGCAACCUGAACCCCUAAACAGCAGAAUGAACAAACUGCGCUUUGCGUUUCAGCUCUAUGAUCUGGAUCGGGAUGGGAAGAUCUCCAGGAAUGAAAUGCUACAGGUUCUCCGCCUCAUGGUUGGGGUCCAGGUGACAGAUGAGCAGUUAGAGAGCAUCACAGACCGGACAGUGCAGGAAGCUGAUGAGGACGGGGAUGGGGCCGUGUCCUUCCUGGAGUUCACCAAGUCCUUAGAGAAGAUGAACAUCGAACAAAAAAUGAGCAUCCGGAUCCUGAAGUGACCCCUGUGUCUGACUCACGCAGGCAUCUAUGGGCUUGGGAUUUAUCCUUAGGUCCCCUGGAGGCAGGAUCCCACAAGCCAUAUUCUACUCUGAAACUUUGCUUAGGGCUAGGAAAGGAAGCUGGAGGAAUGUGUGCCGAAGUCUCAUUUGCUCUCAGAUUUGUGAAUCACCCAGUGAUUUGGUUGCAAGUGGCUGAAAGGCCAACCCAAAGUGACCUGAUAUAAAACAUGACACGCACCUGUGACUAGACAGCCUGGAAGUAGUUGCCUUUAGGGACAGCCAGAUCCAAGGAGAAGCUUGGUGUCACCAGAAUUGAGUUUUGUCACCUGGGGUUCUCAGCUUGGCUGCCUCCUUGCAUUGGGAUCAUUCCUUGGGGUACAAAGGACUGACAGCUAUCCAGAUCACAUCCUCUUAGCCAAGAGGAAGAGAUGCCUUACUCCAGAAAUGCCAACCAAGCAGCACCAUUGACCCAGCUGGGACUUUUCUCUGUCUCCAGGGGAAUGGAACAUCCAAAAAAAGCUAUGUAUGUGUCAUAUAAUAAUUCUGAAACCAUGAAAUAAUGCCCAAAGUCUUAGCAUACAGUGAGAGGUGGUUGCCUUAAGGAAAAUGAAGUAAUGUUAUC